AUGUCAUUUGUUUUUGCUGCUGUACUUGUUCAUCUUCUUGGAUUCGGACAAGGUCAAUUAGCCGGAACCAACACAGCUGAAAACCCACCUGCUCUUUCCUUCCAGACUUGUACCAAAGGAGGUGGUUGUCAAAAAACCGCAUCAAAGGUUACACUCGAUGCAAAUUGGCGAUGGCUUCAUGCAGCCAAUACUUCAAGUAACUGUUAUACUGGACAAACUUGGGAUAAAACGCUUUGUAGUGAUCCGACAAAGUGUGCAACGAGUUGUGCACUUGAUGGAGCUGAUUAUCCUGGAACCUAUGGUAUCACUUCUACGGGUGACGCUCUCAAGAUGAAGUUUGUUACUCAUGGUCCUUAUUCUACUAACAUCGGAUCUCGAGUUUAUAUGAUGGCUGGUGAUGAUAAGUAUAAGAUGUUUAAACUUAAGAAUCAAGAAUUCACCUUUGAUGUAGAUGUUAGUAACUUACCUUGUGGUAUCAAUGGAGCUCUUUACUUUGCUGAGAUGUCUGAAGAUGGUGGAUUGAAAGAGUUUCCAACUAACAAGGCUGGUGCUAAGUAUGGUACGGGUUAUUGUGAUGCUCAAUGCCCUCAUGAUGUCAAGUUCAUUGAUGGAAAGGCUAAUGUUGAGAAUUGGAAACCAUCUGCUACGGACAUGAAUUCAGGAACUGGAAGUGUUGGAUCUUGUUGUUACGAGAUGGACAUCUGGGAAGCCAACUCAGCCUCUCAAGCUUUCACUGCUCAUACUUGUAAAGGUCUUACUGGUCCCAAGAGUUGUACAGGAGCAUUAUGUGGUGAUAGUCCAGCAAACAGAUAUGGUGGACUCUGUGACAAGGAUGGAUGUGAUUAUGCUUCCUAUCGACUUGGAAAUCAUGGAUUCUAUGGACCUGGUAAACGCAUCGAUACUACUAAAAAGUUUACCGUCGUCACUCAAUUCAUUACUAAAGAUCAUACUGCAACUGGUGAAUUGGUUGAGAUCCGUCGAUUAUAUGUUCAAAAUGGAAAAGUCAUUGGUAAUUCUCGUAGUCGUGGUCCUGAAUUGAAGAAAUUCGAUUCGAUCACUGAUGCUUAUUGUGAAGCUGAGAAGAAACUUUUUGAUGAUAAGAAUGAUUUUACGGCUAAAGGUGGUCUUAAAGCUAUGGGUGCUGCAAUGCAAAGAGGAAUGGUUUUGGUCAUGAGUCUUUGGGACGAUCACGAUGCCAACUUGCUUUGGUUACAAUCCAAUUAUCCUCUCAACAAGGGAAACAAACCUGGUGUGUCUCGAGGAAACUGUGAUCCGGCUUCAGGUGUGCCCAAGACAGUUGAAGGUGCCCACCCCGAUGCUUCGGUUGAGUACUCCAACAUCAGAUUUGGAGAUAUCGGUUCUACUUACACUGCCGCUAGUACUACUGCUUCAAGUUCUCAUGAAUGA